AUGGCGGCCUCGUCUCUCUUGAUCCUUCUCAUUACUCUCCUUUCGCUCUCUGCUUCUCCGGCUCUUGCUACCUCCGUAACCCUGUUGAAAGCAGCCAAGGUCCUCUCCAACUCUGGCUUCCUUUCCAUGGCGCUAAAGCUUCAACUUGUCUCCCAUUCCCUCGAAUUCGAAUCUCCCACCGCCACCAUUUUCGCUCCUCCAGACCUCGCCUUCAUUCGCUUGGGGCAACCCUCUCUCCCUCUUCUUCUCUACCACGUCUCCCCAAGAAGACUCUCCCUCAACACCCUCAACUAUCUUCGUCCCAACACCAAAAUCCCAACUCUGCUCCCCAAUUACACCUUGACCCUCACUGGGUCUCCAAAUUUCCAAGGCUAUUUGUCCAUCAACAACCUCACGAUUGAUCCAAAUGCUGUUUUGGAUGAUGGGUCGGUCGUCAUUUACGGAAUUGAUGAGUUCUUCAAUUCGUCGUUCUUGGUCGAUGCCUCUUCAACACCGGCUCCGCCACUGAUGAGCUCUGUUUCAGGUGCUCAAUCACCAAGCCCUGGUCCCAGUGCUAAUGAAGAUACGGAGUUCGAAUCGCGCCGGCCUGGUCCUGAAUCUUUCCGUUUCGUUGCGGACUUGCUGAGGUCUAAAGGGUAUUCAAUCAUGGCCGCAUUUCUUGAUGCGCAGCUGGUGUCGUUCAAAAGGAAGACCAGGCUGACAAUCUUCGCUCCGGUCGAUGAGGCCAUUGAAGAUUACCAGAGGAACACCACCGAUUACUCGUUGAUCUUUCGGCAGCACGUCGUUCCAAGAAUGCUUUUGUGGCAAGAUUUGGUGGGGCUUGAUGAUGGGACCAUGCUGCCAACUUUUGAAGAAGGGUUCAUGAUCAAUGUGAUCAAGUUUGGUGAGGUUCCGGCGCUUAAUGAAGUUGCAGUGGUGUCUGAAGAUAUGUAUCAGAAUCGGUGGCUUGUUGUGCAUGGCCUCAAUCGGUUGCUGACAUCGCAGGAGCCUAAGCAACAAGACCCAGUUGAUGAUAUUUACACUGAUGCAUAUGUUGCUCAGAGCGUGCCUCAUCAUGAUUAUGGUGACUUUCACUGA